GGACAUUUCAACUUUUCUCACAACGACGUCAUUCACAAAGAACAAACCUUCAACACCCUCUGAUCCCCCCAUCUAACGGUCCUCGUUUUUUCCCUCCCCCUAAAACCCCCCACAUUUCCUUCCUCUCCCCACCUAAAAAGUUAAAACCACACACACACACAGAGCUAGAGAGAGAGAAAAAAACAUGGCGUCGAUGGCGCUCACUUCUUCACUAACUUUACCACCUCGCUCUUUCCCUUCCCUCCGUUCCCGCACCCCCUCCAAAUCUGCUCAUUUCCUUCCCUCCCUAAGAAUUCCAAAUCCCAUUUCCAUUUCCCAUUCCCAAUUCACUAACAAAUCCAUUCCCAUUUCCCUAUCCCAGUUCCCAAACAAGUCUACUAAUUAUAACAACAAAAAAACAUUCACUGUUAAAGCUACAGCCAGUGGCGCUGCCACGUCAGCUAAUCCGCCAGCGCCGGCGCCGGCGUCGCCGCCGUGGCAAGGAGCGGCGAUAAAGCCGCUGCUGGCGUCGAUCGCCACCGGAAUUAUCCUCUGGUUCGUUCCGGUGCCCGCGGGAGUCACGCGCAACGCGUGGCAGCUGCUCGCUAUCUUCCUCGCCACCAUCGUCGGGAUCAUCACCCAGCCUCUGCCUCUCGGCGCCGUCGCCCUGCUCGGCCUCGGCGCCUCCGUGCUCACCAAGACGCUGACGUUCGCCGCCGCGUUCUCCGCCUUCGGAGAUCCGAUCCCGUGGCUCAUCGCGCUCGCUUUCUUCUUCGCCCGCGGGUUCAUCAAGACCGGGCUCGGGAACCGAAUCGCUUACCAGUUCGUCUCCUUGUUCGGAAGCUCGUCGUUGGGGCUAGGUUACAGCUUGGUUUUCAGUGAAGCGCUGUUAGCUCCGGCGAUCCCGUCGGUUUCCGCGAGAGCCGGAGGGAUCUUUCUCCCGCUCGUGAAGUCACUCUGCGUCGCUUGCGGCAGCAACGUCGGCGACGGGACCGAGGAGCGGCUCGGAUCGUGGCUGAUGCUCACGUGCUUUCAGACGUCGGUGAUUUCGUCGGCGAUGUUCUUGACGGCGAUGGCGGCGAAUCCAUUGAGCGCGAAUCUGACUUUCAACACGAUCAAGCAGACGAUCGGGUGGACCGAUUGGGCCAAGGCGGCGAUCGUGCCUGGUUUGGUGUCGUUGAUUGUGGUUCCGUUUCUUCUGUACUUGAUUUACCCGCCGACGGUGAAGAGUAGCCCCGAUGCGCCGAAAUUGGCGAAAGAGAAGUUGGAGAAGAUGGGACCAAUGACAAAGAAUGAGAUUAUUAUGGGUGGAACUCUGCUUCUUACGGUGGGCCUCUGGAUUUUUGGAGGGAUGCUGAAUGUGGACGCUGUCACUGCCGCCAUUCUUGGAUUAUCUGUCCUCCUGGUCACCGGGGUUGUGACAUGGAAGGAGUGCUUAGCUGAAUCAGUUGCCUGGGAUACACUCACAUGGUUUGCUGCACUCAUUGCAAUGGCUGGAUAUCUCAACAAAUAUGGUCUCAUCUCCUGGUUCAGCCAAACUGUAGUCAAGUUUGUUGGUGGAUUGGGUCUUUCAUGGCAGCUAUCUUUUGGCAUUCUGGUUCUCCUCUAUUUCUACUCUCACUACUUCUUUGCAAGUGGAGCUGCUCAUAUUGGUGCCAUGUUCACAGCGUUCUUGUCUGUUGCUAGUGCUCUAGGCACUCCACCAUACUUUGGAGCCAUGGUGCUUGCCUUCCUUUCGAAUCUCAUGGGUGGCCUUACCCACUAUGGCAUUGGGUCAGCUCCUGUUUUCUAUGGUGCCAACUACGUCCCUCUUAGUAAAUGGUGGGGCUAUGGAUUCCUCAUUUCUAUUGUCAACAUUAUUAUCUGGCUUGGAGUUGGAGGAGUUUGGUGGAAGUUCAUUGGCUUGUGGUAAAGCAGUUGGUCAUUAGAAUUUUACGACCCAAAGUUUAGUAAUUUCUGAUUUUUCGAUUUUCAUUACAUGUUUACUUUUGAGGCAGGAUGUUAAUUUAUUUCGAUUCUUUAUCUUAGAAAGAAUCUUUUGGUGGCUUCAGUGGACAGACUUUAGGUGGGAAAUUGGUAUACGGAUAAGGUCUAUGUAGAGCAGACCAUUCGAAUUUGUACCUGAAAUUUUGACAUGGCACGAGUGAUAACUGCCUGAAAUUUAUAACACAGUGAUUACUUGGAUCCUUGAA